CAAACUAUUUGCACCCCCUGUGGCUUCUUCUCCCACCUCAUCAUAAGUGGCCGGAAACCCAUAAAAAAAAGACUGGAGCCGACUUUCCGGCCUCUAAACCGACAGUCUCAAGCAUGUUGUCCUCUAAGAUGGGCUCAAAAAAGCGAAUUCACCUAUGGAAAAAAGCUAUUCUCCAUUUCUCUCUCUGUUUUGCCAUGGGUUUCUUCACGGGCUUCGCGCCCACAAGCAACGGCUCGUCCAUUUUACCCAGUCGGGCCUCUGCAAAGUUCACCCCCGGAGAAAACAACAUCCCACGACUGCAGUCAAAAGUUUUCCAGCCACCCGAAAACUCCAAUAGGAGCUUGAUGGCUGAAAUUCCGGCCAAAAAGUCAGACAAUUCCAGCGAACUCAGCCAGUUUUCUGAUGAGAAGAUUAACAAUGAUCCAAUAGAAUUCGACGAAUUGAAACCUUUAAGGCUUCUCAUUAUAGUGACCACUCUGAGGCCGUAUAAUUUAUUUCAAUCUGCUUAUUUGAACAGACUAGGCCAGACACUUAAGCUCGUGAAGGCUCCCCUGUUGUGGAUUGUGGUGGAGUCGAAGCCUGUGUGGGACGAUACCGCGGAGGUGCUGAGGCGGAGCGGGGUUAUGUAUAGGCAUUUGGUGUGUCGGGAGAAUGCAACCGAUGCUGCUUCGAGGGUCGAUCACCAGAGGAAUCACGCCCUAAAUCAUAUAAAGCAUCAUCGUCUUGACGGGAUUGUUCAUUUCGCUGAUCCUUCAAACGUCUAUGAUCUUGAAUUCUUCGACGAGAUCAGGAAAAUCGAGGAAUUGGGGACAUGGGCAGUUGCUUUGCUAUCUGGAACGAGGAAGAAGGUGGUGGUGGAAGGGCCUGUGUGUGCAUCAUCCACAAAUCAGGUCAUUGGAUGGCAUGUCAAUACCAGAGACAACAACCUCACUGCCAAUUUCUUCCUCAACAUUUCCUCUUUUGCCUUCAAUUCGUCAAUCUUGUGGGAUCCGGAGAGAUGGGGCCGCUCUUCAUCCAUGCAACACAAUUCUCAUAACUCAAUUGAAUUCGUCCAGAACCUGGUUCUGGAAGACGAGACUAAAGUGCAGGGUCUGCCAAAGGGUUGCUCCAACAUCAUGUUGUGGCGCCUCUAUCUCCAACCACCAUCUACUCUUUCGAAUUUUCCGAACCCCCGGGGAGCCUGGACCUUGGACCAUCAUCUACCCCUAAACCUCCCCUUCUCUGCAUCCUCCUCUCAAAGAUAGCGAAGAAACUGUUACAUCUACUCUCAAAUAUGGUUUUUUUUUUAUUCUUUUGUCAAUUUUUUAAAUCUUUUCUUUUGGGUUUUUGGGGUUGUAAUUCAGGCAAACCAUUCAUUCAUGGUUUCCAAUUUAUACUCAAUGGUGAUAUACUACUUCAGUUUCCCUA